AUGUCCUCCAUAACGCGGGCAGCAUCAGACGCUAUCGCCACAUCCAUCCACUCUGAUCAACCACUUUCGGUCCCUUCCGCUCGCACAGACAGCAGUCGAGCAGCUCAAGCUGUGCAGCAGUCAGCCUCCGCACCGAUCCUUCAGCAGACAAGGAGACGAUCGGCCCGAGGUAGUGCGAAGCAAGUGGAAGCGCAGGUGCUGGUGGAUGCGAGUCAAGUGAAGGAAGAAGUAGGAGAGGGAGCUGCGGAUGUGAGACCUGUGCUGGAUGAAUCAUCAGUGGAUGCUCUGAAAGGCAGCCGCAAUGGCCGAUACAAUGCUCCUUCACGCAAGCGCAAAGCCAGCGCCAAGAGUGCUGCGGCGGCCAAUGGGAUGCUGAAAGAUGAGAGUGGGGAGGAGAUCAUAGCACAGUCGAAUGCGCACCCUGCACCAACCGAGCCGCCGCAGAUCAACGGCGUGCACAAGACCGACUCUCUCUCUCCUGCGCCUUCGGACGUGCCUCCGCCAUCCAAACGCAAACGUCAAACCAAGAAGCAAAAGCUGGAAGAGUCUCAAGACGGUGCAACGGAAGAGACUCCCAAAGUAUCAGCGCUGGAGCGCAAGAGGCUGGCUGCGAUCGAAGCGCACCACAAGUGGGAGCCUGCACCUGUGCAGCACAGAGAUUUUGCACAAGAGGGCUCUGCGCAAAGAGGCGCGUUCAGGGGCAGAUUGGGAUACGCUUGCUUGAACACGGUGCUCAGAAGCACCAAACCGCCCAGCUCCAAAGAGAGCAUCUUCAGCUCUCGGACGCUCAGGCUGGCGACCAUUCGCGAAAAGGGAGUCGAGGCGGCCAUUGAGCUCGCGAGAGCGAACAUCAACGAUAUUGUGAGCGUGCGGAUACUUGCACCCUGGGAGAGUUGAUCGCUGACAGACCCGUCCUUUUUGGUGUCGUUAAGAUUCCAAUGUUGCACUGGAACGUGGCAAACAACAUCCGCUUCAUGCGCCUCUCGUGCGAAAUGCUGCCGUUCGCAUCGCACAAUGAAGUAGGCUGGGACGUCUCUGUGCUCGAGACGGAGCUCAGAAGAGCGGGAAAUGAAGCGAAGAAGCUGGGAGUCAGAUUGACCCUCCAUCCCGGCCAAUUCGUCCAGCUCGGAACACCGAACCAGCAGGUCCUCGAGAAUAGCAUACGAGAAUUCGAGAUAUAUUGCAAGAUGCUGGAUUUGAUGGGAUUGGGUCCCGAAAGCGUGAUGAUAUUGUGAGUUCCAAGACCACAGCGCGCAUACUGAAGCAAUGCGCCUCACUCACUUCCCUACUUCUUCAGGCAUGGCGGCGGCUCUUACGGCGACCAGGCGGCCGCUUUAGAGCGCAUCGAGAACACUAUAACUACGCGCUUAUCCGCUUCGGCUCGAUCACGAUUGGUGUUGGAGAACGAUGAGAUCUCUUACUCUGCCGAAGAGCUCCUACCGCUCUGUGAAAAACUGGAUGUACCCUUGGUCUUUGACUGGCAUCACGAUCUGCUACGCCCAUCUUCGCUUACUCCUGACGAACUCCUACCUCGUAUCAUCAACAUAUGGCAAAGAAGAGGAAUCAAGCCUAAAUUUCAUCUGAGCGAGCCGAGAGCUGGAGCAAAGACGCACAGGCAGAGAAGAGCGCACAGCGAUCGCUGUGUGGAGUUGCCGAUGGAGUUGCCGGAAGAUGCUGACCUGAUGAUCGAGGCCAAGGACAAAGAGCAAGCCGUCUUGGAGCUCUACAGGAUAUAGUGAGUUGAGGGCACCGGUAGUGCAGAGCAUGAUAUGGCUUUUGCGUUUCCAGACCAUUCACUGACAUUAACCCCUGUGACUACAGUAACUUAUUCCCCGUAGACAAGAUGGUCCUGCGACCUCAUGCAGAUGAUGUGACAAUGGCCACGGCUGGACGUCGAACUGUGCUGGACGGCAGCGGCGGCUCGACCAAACGAUCUGGCUCUCCGACCAGUACUGGAUCUCCACGCAAGCUCACGCCCAAAGAAGAGGAAGCGCAGAAAGUCUCAAACGCUAUCAAAAAAGCCAAAGCGGUCGCUGAACGUCUGGGAAGGACCUACGAUGGGCCUAGGGAAGAGGAAGAUUUGAGAGCAGAGUUGGCAAAGAAUUUGGUCCCCGCGAGUCAGGUCAGAGCUGAAAUGAAGACGGCGGCGAACAGAAUCAGAGAGGAUCUCAAGGCUGGCAGGCCUAGAGUCGCUCCUGCGCCCAUCUCAAGAGAGGGUACACCGACUGCGGACGCAGAAGAAUAG